GGUGCGCGCUGCAUUGUGGGUCAGUGGUAGCCGGGAUGGUGGGGGAGGUGGAAGAGGCCGAGUUUCCCGAGCAGUUCCGCUCCUACUCGGAGAACGAGAGGCACUGGCAGGCCCGCCGCGAGUUCAUCCUGCGGAACCUGCCCCCGGACUGGGCGGGGGAAGCGCCAUGGCCCGCUGGCCGCAUCGACCAUCUGCUCUCGCUCUCCAUGGUGUGGGCCAACCACCUCUUCCUGGGCUGCAGUUACAGCAAAGACCUUUUAGACAAGGUAAUAGAAAUGGCUGAGGGGAUUGAAGUUGAAGAUGUACCACAGUUUACUACGCGUGAUGAAAUAAUGAAAAAGCAUCAACAUUAAUACGUGCGAAGAAGAGGUCUCAAAUUUUUGUCAUAAUACAAGAUCAGUUUAUGUGGAGGACCCAGUGUUAAUUGAACAUACUGUUUCUAAAAGGACUCCCUAUGCUGUACCCUAGGGAAAAGAUUUUAAAAAAAACUUUGUGCCAUUAUGAUGAUGGAUAUCCACUUCCAAAGCUUUUUAAAAUGACAGAAUCAGAUUUUUUAAACAAUUUUACAACUCAUUGAUUCAUAGAGCAAAGAAAAAGAUAUGAUGGACUGUAUUUUCCCCUUUCACAUGAAGACAGGGAAGAGCAAUAACUCCUAGAAAAGGGAGGGGUGGGGGGCUGGGGAGCUGCAGCAUCCCCUCUUGUUUGAGUACAAUUUAGGAUGAGAGGCCAUGGGGAAUACUUGCCUCAAAGCACACACCCACUUAGGAAAGCAGGGGCUUACACUUCACUCUCAGUUGAAAGUAAGGGGAUGUUAUAAGGCUGUUUUGACCAUUGACGAAUAUUGUUGUUACCCAGGUUUCAUUCUGUGUAACGGGAAAGGGAGGGCAUGGUGCACAAAGUGGUCAUUACUCUGCUCUUCCCCUUCUCCUAUAUGCAACUUAGAUGGGUCUGUGGUGAUGGCAAAUGUCCCAAUUAGCUGAUUUUCCGCUUUGCAUUCCUGCAUCACUCUUCCCCAGAGGUUCUCUCUACUGCAGGGAAACCCUAGGAGUCUAAAAGUAACACAGAAUAUUCUCUCUUUUAAAAGUCUUUAUUUUUAAGUUUUAUGCCACAUUUUUAAAGUCUUUAGAAGGCCUAAUAACUGUGUCCAUUCAGUCACUAGAAUGAAAAUUUCAAUCAUGAAAUCUGGAUAACUCUCUUUUGAUUUUUAGCAAUAAAACCAUGUUCCUUUCAUGUAAAG